ACUCCAUUCAUAUUUUCUCUUAUCUAAAACAAACAAAAAAGAAAGUGAAAAACUUGACUCAAUUCAAUCAACAAUGGCAGUUCCAAUUUCAUUAUCCCUCUCAAAACUUCAUUCUCUUCCAAAUCCAAAACAAACCCAGUUCUCUUUUACACAUAAAGAUCCAAACUUUAUCUUCUUUACAAGAAAAAAGACUCAUUUUCCAGCACCCAUUAUCAGUAAUUUGAAAAAUGUUGCUGCAAUUUUGGGUUUUUCUGGACUUGCUUUUACAACACUAAUGGUGGGCUCAGCUUCUGGUUCUGAGUUAGGUUUAAUGGGUUCUUCUUCUUUUCAAUUCAAUGAACCUUCUAAUGCUCUGUCAUUGCACACUUGGGCUAGUCAUGUUUCCACUAUUGUUGAAUGGGUAACUGCUAUGGCUCUGGUUUGGCAAUAUGGAGAAAAGUCGGGUUAUGAAUCUUGGAAGGGACUCUCCUGGGGUAUGGUGCCCCUGCUUGGAGGAGCACUCUGUGCCUGCACUUGGCAUUUCUUUUAUAACUCGGAGUCUCUUGAGGUAGUAGUGGCUCUACAAGCAGCUUUGACAGUAAUUGGUAAUGCCACAAUGUGCUUUGCAGCAUUCCGGAUAUACAGAUCAACACAGAACCAGUCAAAAGAACUGUGAUCAUCGUCUUUGAGUCAUUUCACCCUACUAGAUUCUCCGUCUAACUCGUACAUAACGUAACGAUCGUUGCUCCAUGCUAAGAAAUGGAAGAGUUUUUAUAGCCAGUGUAGACCGGAGCUCUAAGCUAGGUCAAGAAAGCGGAUUCAGAAUUUUGAAUUUGUAUUGUUUAACUUUUAAGGUUCUUAGACUAAAACUCACUGUACAUUUUUGAAUUCGUGUACUCGAGAUUCAAAAUUUAUAAAUAUUGAUGGUUAAACCAAAUUCUCGAUUAUUUCA